GUUCUGCUGAAGUCAGAAGUCGAAGUCGAGUGUUCAGAAUGGUAUCGAUUUGGCCGGUGGCGCUCGCCUGUGCCCUAGUGGUGCUCUGCUCCGCGCAUCAGAUUCAGGCGGCCUCACCACGAUGGGAACCACAGAUCUCGGUGCUGUGCGAAGCCGGCCAGACAUAUCACCCGCAGUACCUGUCCGAGGAGGGCCGAUGGACUACGGACCUGAGCGUGAAGGUGCCCGGCUCGACCUGCCUUCGCGACAAGAUGGAUCUGCUGGACUACUGCAAGAAGGUUUACCCGGGACGGGACAUUACGAACAUCGUGGAAUCAUCGCACUACCAGAAGAUCGGUGGCUGGUGCCGGCUCGGUGCACUGAACGCAGCCAAGUGCAAAGGGGCCCAGCGAUGGAUUAAACCGUUCCGCUGUCUCGAGGGACCGUUCCAGUCGGAUGCGCUCCUCGUCCCGGAAGGCUGCCUGUUCGAUCACAUCCACAACGCGUCCCGCUGCUGGCCGUUCAUCAGGUGGAACCAGACGGGGGCGGCCGCCUGCCAGGAUCGCAACAUGCAGAUGCGCAGCUUCGCCAUGCUCCUGCCCUGCGGCAUCUCGCUCUUCUCCGGCGUCGAGUUCGUCUGCUGUCCGAAGCACUUCAAAGUGCCGAUGAAGGUGAAGAAGACGGAUCUGCCGGUGCUGCCGCAGGACACCGACAUGUUGCCACCGCUUGACGAUGGGUCCGACGGUUCGGUCUCGUCGGACAACAACUCCGAGGACGAGGAAGAUGACGACGAUAUCGACGACGAGGAGGACGAAGAGAUGAUGGGCGAUGAGCCGAUCGAGAGCGAUGACGACGAGUACGAUUCCGAGGAGGACUUUGACAGUGGCAGCGAUAAGCCGUCGGACGCCGGGUCGGCCGACACUGGGUCGGCGGCCUGGGACAGCUUCACAACGCCGCCACCGCUGAAGGACUCGAAGAAACAGGACAUCGGUGGUCCGAUCGGUGGCGGCGGCGUGUACGGUGGGGGGCUGCCCAGUACGACCGAGAAGGUGUCGGCUGCCGACCUGAUAACCACACCCAUCACCGCGAUCCCGACGCCGGACCCGUACUUUACGCACUUCGACCCGCGCAACGAGCACCAGAGCUUCAAGAAUUUGCACGCCGAAUUUCAGGAAGCCCAGCAGCGGCUCGAGGAAAGCCACCGCGAGAAGGUGACGCGCGUCAUGAAGGACUGGUCCGAUCUGGAGGAGAAGUACCAGGACAUGCGGCUGGCCGACCCGAAAUCGGCGCAAACGUUCAAGCAGCGUAUGACGGCCCGUUUCCAGACUUCUGUGCAGGCACUGGAAGAGGAAGGCAACUCCGAGAAGCACCAGCUGGCGGCCAUGCACCAGCAGCGCGUCCUCGCCCACAUCAACCAGCGCAAACGGGAGGCGAUGACGUGCUACACGCAGGCCCUCACCGAGCAGCCACCGAGCUCGCAUCGCGUGGAGAAGUGUUUGCAGAAGCUGCUACGUGCCCUGCACAAGGAUCGUGCCCAUGCCCUAUCGCACUAUCGCCAUCUGCUGGGCUCGGGCGGCACCGGCGGGCUGGAGGCGGCGGCCUCCGAGCGUCCCCGUACCCUGGAGCGGCUCGUUGACAUUGACCGGGCCGUCAACCAGUCGAUGGCGAUGCUGAAGCGCUACCCGGAGCUGUCGGUGAAGCUGUCGCAGCUGAUGGACGACUACAUCCAGGCGCUGCGCUCCAAGGACGAAACGCCCGGUUCGAUGCUGGCCAUGACCGAGGAAGCGGAGGCCACCAUCCUCGACAAGUACCGUGCCGAGAUCGAGCGUAAGGUCAGCGAGAAGGAGCGCCAGCGGUUGGCCGAGAAGCAGCGCAAGGAGCAGCGAGCGCAGGAGCGCGAGAAGAUCCGCGAAGAGAAGCUGCGCCUGGAGGCGAAGAAAAUGGAGGCCGCCUACAAGCAGCAGCAGCAGCAGCAGCAGGCUCAACAGCAGCAACAGCAGCUGCAGCAACAACAGCAACAGCAACAACAGCAACAGCAGCAGCAGAUGCAACAAGCGCAGCAACAGCAGUCCAUACAAACCCAGCAGCCGUCGCUGUCGGAGCAACCGCAAACUCAGAAACAGUCGGACAUGGACGUGCAAAAGGAGACCGACACCACGAAGGAUUACAGCGAGGAUGUGGUCAUCACAAGCCCACAGCCGACGGCACUGCCGACCGUCGACGACGAAGCCGUACAGCGGGCCGUGGAGGAGGUAGCCGCAGCAGUCGCCCACCAGGAGGCGGAACCAAAGAUGCAGCACGUGCUCGCCCACGAUAUUGGCCACGGUGAACCGAGCUACUCGGUGCGGCGUGAAGUGUACAGCUCGCGUGACAGCAAGAACGUCUACUUCACGGUAGGAUUCGCCGGUGUCGCUCUGAUGGCGGCCGUCUUCGUCGGUGUGGCCGUGGCCAAGUGGAAAGCCUCCCGAUCGCCGCACGCUCAAGGCUUUGUCGAGGUUGAUCAGGCUGUCGGAGCACCGGUCACCCCGGAAGAGCGACACGUGGCGAACAUGCAGAUCAACGGGUACGAAAAUCCGACCUACAAGUACUUCGAAAUCAAGGAGUAAAGUGUCACGUCGUUACACGUGCGAAGCUAAAGCGCAGCCGGGAAGCGCAGCCCGGUCAGUGAAGAUCCUGGUAAGUGAGACAAGAGCAGCGGGGCAGCAAAAGACAAAACAAAACACGUAUUAGUAGAAGUCAGCGGUAGGCGAACCGAGCGAACAAGCAGACGGAAGUACUAAAAACGGCUGGCUGGCUGGCUGGUCGGUACCACAAACCUAACACAACCAACCAAAGUUCCAGGAAGUAGCCCGUGCGGGUGGCAAACAUUUUGACAAACGAACGGACAGCUAAAUACGGCCAUUUUUUGUAUCCCCCCCCCCAAAACGCGCCGACGAGGCGAGUAUAAACAAACUCUGCUUGUACUAAAAACGGAACGGAGCGUAGAAUUGAGUAUCAGUGUGCAUGUGGGAUGGAGGCAAUCAAAGGAUGCGCUGGUGGAGCUUGCAUCCUGCCGCGUGAGACGCGUUUGUGGCAACAGCACACAACGAGCAGACACACGCAAACUCACACAGUUAUCUAAGUAACGUAAUGUAAUGACUAAAAUCUAAGUAGCCAUCGGUCCACACAAGCAGAGGCGCGCGCUGACGACGCCGAAUGGUGAUUUGGUUCCAAGUGUAGCCUUUUGUGUUUCUGUCCAUGUCCUGGCGGAAGACGAUAGCCGAACCGGUGAGGUGAGUUGUAAAAUUGUUUGUGUUUUGAUGAGAGUGUGAUUUUGUAGCGGCAUGGAAGGCAGAACCCUGCGCAGCACCCCGUUACGAUUCCGGUGCUGGUAACAGACCGCUGCACCCGCUACUUACGCUGCUGCGUUUUCUGUUUCCUUUCCUCUUCGAGUCUCGUCGUAAUCUAAGAACGCGCCUCCCCCCAGUUUUGUCUCACGCAUCUCGCGGCUGUCCUCGAGCAUGCGAAAAAUGUAGGGCGCGAUGCUACCAAAGAAUAUGAAGAAAGUCACAGUCACUAAAAGUAUAGUCGAAACUCUUGUGCUGCUGCUACGUUAGAGGCUCUCGUUAGUAAGGAACAAUAAGGCGAACACAAACACAAACACAAACACACGCAUACUCUGUUUCUUUUACUCUCUCUCUCUCUCUCUGAAUACGCAUCCUCUAGUCCUGAGAGCAAUAGCAAAGCGCGGUUCUGUCCGGCGACAGAAGGCGUGUGAUCGAUGGCACACACUCGAACACGAUACACGGGAUAGUUGUAUAGCUAAGUAGCUAAAUAGUUAUUAAUUUUCUACGGUCGACCCCACACACACUCCCACACACAAACACACACCUCACGGGGGGUUCAGCGCUACAGCCGACUCUCCUACAACUCUCCGCUCUCUAUAGGCAAGUUGGUCACUCGCAGAGCUCUAGCGUACACUAGCGAACCGUUUAAGGAUCAGUCGCAUUCGAAGCAGCAGCCGAAAUAAUAAAAAAAAAGCCAACCGCAGCGCAGCAACGCUUACACACGAAGCCAACACACCCACACACGAACACUACUUCUCAUUUGAUAAGCUUGUAAGAAUAUACAUGCAUAAAUAAACGUAUA